GCAUUGCGAGCGCUCUGUUUCUAGCUGUCUAGCAACAGACAGCCGGCGGCAGCGGGAGCGGUGAUCCUCGGCGUCUCUUCCCUCGAUCUGUCCGCCGCCUGGAGCUCUCGGUGAAUGGUCUGAACCGAGUGCGGAACCCCGAGCCCUGCGCAGAGAGAUGAGCGGCAGCGGGCGGCCCAGGACCAGCUCGUUCGCUGAGCCGCCAGGAGUUCCGGGAGCUGCCGCCGCCGCCUCCUCCGCCUCCGCCGCCGGAUCAGCCGCUGCCGUGGGGAGCAGCACAGGAAAGUCCGGGGUCCCGCAGGCCUCCGGCACCAGCUCGUCGGGAUGCUCCAACCUGAAGCUCGCUCGAGACAGCGGCAAGGUGACGACGGUGGUGGCCACGCCGGGUCAGGGACCGGACCGCCCACUGGAGGUCUCCUACACUGACAUCAAGGUGAUUGGAAAUGGGUCGUUUGGCGUGGUGUACCAGGCUCGGCUCAUCGACAGCCAGGAAAUGGUGGCCAUCAAGAAGGUUCUGCAGGACAAGAGGUUCAAGAAUCGAGAACUUCAGAUCAUGAGGAAGCUGGAUCACUGCAACAUCGUCCGACUACGUUACUUCUUCUACUCCAGUGGUGAGAAGAAAGAUGAAGUGUACCUCAACCUCGUGCUGGACUUUGUCCCUGAGACGGUCUACAGGGUCGCCCGGCAUUUCAACAAGGCCAAGAGCAUCAUUCCUAUCAUAUAUGUGAAGGUCUACAUGUACCAGUUGUUUCGCAGCCUGGCUUAUAUCCAUUCCCAGGGAGUGUGUCACAGAGACAUCAAGCCCCAGAACCUGCUGGUGGACCCGGAGACUGCCAUCCUCAAGCUGUGCGACUUCGGCAGCGCCAAGCAGCUGGUGCGCGGUGAACCCAACGUGUCGUAUAUCUGCUCUCGGUAUUAUCGGGCCCCGGAGUUAAUUUUCGGGGCCACAGACUACACAGCAAACAUCGACAUCUGGUCAGCAGGCUGCGUUCUCGCGGAGCUGCUGCUCGGACAGCCCAUCUUCCCCGGGGACAGCGGAGUGGACCAACUUGUAGAGAUUAUCAAGGUUCUGGGAACACCGACACGGGAACAGAUCCGAGAGAUGAACCCAAACUACACAGAGUUCAAGUUCCCUCAGAUUAAAGCUCAUCCAUGGACCAAGGUGUUUAAACCCCGCACCCCCCCGGAGGCCAUCGCCCUGUGCUCCCGGCUGCUGGAGUACACGCCGGCCUCCCGCUUCUCUCCACUAGAGGCCUGCUCGCACGCCUUCUUCGACGAGCUGCGCCAGCCCAACACGCGGCUGCCCAGCGGCCGGGAGCUGCCCAUGCUCUUCAACUUCAGCACCACAGAGCUGUCGAUCCAGCCCCAGCUCAACUCCACCCUCAUCCCUCCUCACGCCCGCUCGCACACAGCUGCUUCCGCCCACGACGGCACCGGUUCAGAUUCAUCUCAACACAGCUCAGUACCAGGAUCUCUUAACAGCAUCUGAAGCCGCUUGUCACCUGCCUGCCUCCUGUCAGCCACACACACACACACACACACACACCUACACACACAGACACACACACACACACACACUACAGCUUUCCUCUGUGCUGCUUGCUCUCCUCUUAGAUGAUCUGUUUUUGUACAGUACACACGUUGAACAAACUCGUAGUUCUGUAGCUGCCCGGGUUGAAGCCACGGCAGGAGAUUGUUACACACACACACACACAGACACACACACGGAGUCGUCUUGCUGCUGCUCAGGUGGGAUGUGAAGGUUCGAUACACGGGGCUGGUCCUCUGUUAUAUAACCUUUUUUUUCUUUUAAAUCAACCUUUAUUUCCCGUUUUUCUUCUUUAUAUCUGUGUUUAUUUAUUUGACGUAUUGAAAUGCAUCAUGUGAGCUCAACACAUUUAGUCUCUACAGCUUUUUUUUGUUAAGGUUCCUUCCAUGUUUUUAAAUCCCUGUUGUUUCCGUGCUGGACUGCAAACUGCCUGGCCACGACUCGAAAUGCCCCCAAGUAGGUCAUCAGGGUAACGGAGGUUUUUAUUUAACUCGGGGCUGGAGAACUGCUGCAGGGACUGAAACAUUCAGAGAUUCUCCAGCCACAUUAUUCAUAUAUAUAUAUAUAUAUAUAUAUAUAUAUAUAUAUAUAUAUAUAUAUAUAUAUAUAUGAUGUAUAAGCUCAAGUUAGAUCUGCAGCUGGUUUCUUUCCUGUGGACGUGGCAGCACCAGGUAGCAUUUCUCAGUGUUUGGUUGCAGAUCUGUUGUAUUUGUCUCUGACGUGAAUCAUGUUCAGUAGCUGUAUUUUUAGACUGAACUGGAAAUCACCCGACUUUGAGGACCAGCUGUUGCUUCUGUUUUAAUCCUGAACUAAAGAGCGACACGUUACCAUGGAGAAAAAAAUAAUAAUCCCCCCAACCCGUCAAAUGGACUCGAUGACAGAGUUUUAAUUUCCUCUCUGGGCACAUUUACACUCACAUAUACGGUAAAUAUGGGUGAAAUCAAACCCUAAGUGAGAUUCCUCCUCAUCUUUUAAACAUGAUUUUAUCUUUAGAUUCAUUUCCUCAUCAGGAGGGGAGGGGCUGUGCUGAAAACAAUAACUUCCAGAGGGAAACUUGUUCUUCACCGAUACUAAAUGUACUUAGAGCUUUAAGUGUCAGUGGUGAAGGAAGCGUGAAUGUGUGGCUCCGCUUAAUCACAGUAAUAUAUUCAGAUAGAGACUUUUAAUCAUGAGCAGACAAAGCUGUUUGUUCUCUGUUCUACCAAAUGAUUUGUUGUGCUCAGUGGAUUAUUAGGUAAAAGUGUAAGUUUCCCUGUUUCUUCAAUUGGAGACGAACACUGAAGCUUAUCUUUAAUAAUUAAGAAAUCCACAGACGGCAACAUUGAUGCCUCCUAAAGAAAUUGUUUGUGCAAUUCACCUGCUGAAAGAAAUUCAACAUUAAACUUCUGCCCAUUUUAACCAUUCAACAGAAAAAUCUGUUUAUUCCUUGAUUCUACAUUUACAGUAAAUGACUGUUGACUUGGUUUAGUUCAGGUCACUGAGGUGAAAUGUGUCAUCCGAGGUUUGUUUCACUCAAAUUCAAUUCUGUUUUUCAUUUUUAGCUCCAAAGAUUAAAGCGACGUUCAUAGAGCUUCAGCUUGAUGCUUCAUGCAGGACUUUUAAAAAGUAUUGAAACGGUGGAAUUCCCCGAAAACGUUGUUAUCCUUCCUGCUCUGGUGGAGAAAAACUGUUCUUAACUGUGGAAAUGAGCAAACUCUUAACUCUGGAUUAAAGGUUUCGAGCGAGUGCUGCUUCGUGUGAACUUGACGAGCAGAAGCUUAUAACAUUAACUGAGGUUCAGCUGCAGACACGUCACCACAAGUGUUUCAUAAACCACAUUAAUACCAAGGGGGGGGAAUUCCUUUACGGUUUGCUGUCGUGCUUCUAUCUUUCUGAGGACCAGUUCGGAGUUGUCACCACGUUGAGGAGGCAGCGAAUGUAUCACUAGUGUAGAAGUGAAAACGUGUGUGUGUGUGUGUCCGACCUCGUCCCGACCUGCAGGUGUUGUAGGAGUAGAGCAGCUGAAGCAGAUCUCUAGUCAGCAGUGCACUUGAAAGUUUGUAGAAUAGUAUAUUUAAUACUAUACCAUCCCUCCUCCUGCUGUCUGAACUGCAGCCAUCUUUGUUUUCAAACCCGCUUUCAUUCUGUAUGUGGGGAGCUUUCUGUUUUCUUUCUCCUCCCUCCCCCUCAGCUGCUUCUGGGUUUCAAACUCGCAACCUGCCGGACUUUGUUUGCUCGACUCUUCGGGGGGGCGUCACACUCGGAGCCGUCAGAUCCUCUGUGGCUGUGAAACGGUGUGAGGACAAAAACCCUGAGACCGAGAAUCAAACAUGGCCGAUUCUCCUCCUCCUCCUCUCAGAAGCCAGUUAUUCCCUCCGCCUACUUUCUGCAUCUCUUGUCGCACAUGUAAAUAUCACUGAUUUUUAAUUUCCCUCUUUUUACUUUUUAUGACAGAGUUUAUAUCUUAUUUUCCUCAUUUUUCUCUAUGGAGCAGUUCUUAGUUUGUGCAUUUCUGUAAAUAUGUUUUUUUUUCACUAUCCAAAAUGUAAAAUACUGCAAAGAAAAAAUAAGAAAAAGAAAAAACAGUCUCCUCCUUGUGUUUGUCGAGGAUCUUUCUCUCUCUCUCUCUAUCUCUCUCUCUCUCUUCAGUGAAUCUCAGCUCCUCCCUGUUGCUUCCUCAGUGGGACCAACCUGACUGAAUUCAUAUUGACAGAGCUCCGUUCCAAAUCGCUCUCCUCCUGUUUCUGUUGUGAAUAUUAUAAUCUAACAUAAUGAUAUUAAAUGUAAAGGAUCAUUCCAACCCUCAUGUUUGUAUCUGCGCUUUCCUCAAAGUCUCUUUCAACAAGCUGCAGGUCUUUGAGUUUCACAACUCAAACCGACCUUGACGUCCCCUAAGAGGAGUCGUUACCUGUGAACCUUCAAGCUGCAGGUUUCUGUGUUUCCCACGUUCUUCUCACUCGCUCGUCCCUUUGGAACAGAACUCUUCAUCUUCCUUGUCGAGAAGUGUUUAGACGGAUUAGAAAUCUUGCUGUGACGUCCAGAUAGUUCUCGACCCGGGCAUUUUGUUAUUGUUAUGUGCUCUGUGGUGUUCAGGAUCGCUGCUAAUAGUCACAAGAUGGUAGAAAUAAACAUGUGAGCUGUGAAUGCAGACUGAGGAAACAUUUUUUUAUUUUAAAUUCUCUGAGAAACUUGAGUAAUGUCACUGCAUCUCCACACGUUAUGUUACUUUGAUUUACUCCUGUGGUCGUUGGUCUCACUCCGCCCGGAUGGACUGAUGUGAUGGAGGAGGAGGAGGAGGAGAGAGAAAGAACUACAAACAUGUCUGUCUCUGUUCUGUGUGCGUACGAUAUGGACUCAUUUAAUGUAAUAAAGUGAUGAAACUGUG